AUGAGUGCCCCGAUUGGAUCUAAUAAAGAUGCGCCCAUCUUGGCAGCGUCCAGAGAACUGAAGGAGAGGGAAUCGACUGGGGACAAGCCAAACCGGGCUGCCCCCAGGACCGUACCCAAUCCAACAGAAAUCGCAAAACCACUGCACAGGGAAGCGUCCUCCGUCGCGGCCAGGUUAACUGCGUCGGUUGAGCCAAAGGAGGCCACUCCGGAUGAUGCAACAGUAAUGUCUGCGUCUGAAGGAACCGACCAUGACCAUUUGAGCUCAUCAAAGAGGCGACGGCUCAAGAAGGUCAGGAGGGCGGCAGAACGGCAGGAGCUGUUAACUGCUGCUCAAGGACCACUUGUAAACCCUAAACCAGCCCCUGGAGCUAUCAAGGCAACAGGUUCCGGGGCAAAGCACUUCGCAGAUGGUGUCCUGAAAAUGUGGUGCGAGGAGGCCUACGCGUUGAGGUGGCUGACCGGUACCUGUGAUGCCAUCACCAACCCCAUACCAGACACCAGAGAACCUAAUGAGACUGAUUUUGAGGCAGAACCGCCACUUAAACAUCAGGUCGUGGACCCUGACGCACGAACGGAGAACAAAGGACCCGACAGGCGUCUCUCUCUCUUCUUUCGUGUGCCGGAGUCCGAGAUCGUAACGAUCAAAAAACAAGACAGGCGUAUUUACUAUCUGCUGGGGAACAUUUAUAUCCGCAUCUUGGAUAAGGAUGAACCCUCACAGGUGGUUGACGCCCCACCUGAAGCCAUCGCCAGUACAUCGGGGACGGUGACGCCGAGGCCAAUGCCUUCCACGAGACCGGGGGGAGUGAAUACAGCGACAGCUGUCUGCGCUCCUCCCCUUCGCCGAACUGACCUUAUUCAAGCCAACCUCCAGCAUAGUCAAACAGCGUCGGCUUCCCUGCGUAGACUGCUGGAGACCAACCCCAAGACCAUCGCCGCGAUCCAGGAGCCGUGGAUCCGGAAUGGCAAGAUGUGCGGCCUGGGUAACACCGGUGGUAAAAUCCUACUGGACACCCGCGUAAGUAACCCAAGAACCUGCAUAUUAAUACCCAGGCAUGUACCAGCAUUACUAAUAAACGAACUAUGUUCAAGGGACCUCACAGUUGUUAGGUUACCCAGGAACGAGCUUCCAGACAUUGUCCUGGCGUCAGCCUACUUACCUGGCGACGAGGACGUGCCCACUCCGGAACUCGGUCUUCUAGCCGACUACUGCGAGAGGGAGAAGCUGGAGCUCAUCAUCGCGGCAGACUCCAAUGCACAUCACACGCUAUGGGGUAAUGCUAACACCAACGCUCGAGGUGAGAAUAUGCUUAAUUUCAUACUUAGUAAUAAUCUUAUCCUGGCAAACAGCGGCUCAGAACCAACAUUUAUCAACGCACGUUCACAAACCAUAAUUGAUUUAACAUUGAUAACGGUAGGCCUGUCAGACCAGAUACAUGACUGGCAUGUGUCUAGUGAAUUAUCAUGCUCGGAUCAUAGGUGGAUCCGCUUUGCAAUCAAAGGGGACCUACCUAAACCACAACCUAGAAGAAUACCUCGGAGAACUGAUUCAGCAAAAUUUCACAAACUAGUCAGCUCCGAGAUAGUAAAACUAACACUACCAACAAUCAUUGAUGCACAAGACAUAGACAAACAUGCUAAUAACCUAACGUCCCUACUUCUGACAAGCUAUGAGCAGUCAUGUCCGCUCACCGUGCCAAGAUGGGGGGGCAAACAGAACUGGUGGUGCCCAGAAUUGGAGAGAAACCGUCGGAAGGUCAGAAAACUGUUCAAUAGAGCGGGCAACACAAUGAUGCCUAGGGAUUGGGACAAGUAUACAGUCGCUAGAAGGCGGUUCAAAAAACUUCUUCGUACUAGAAAGCAAGAGUGCUGGAGACACUUCUGCACUAGUAUUGAAAACAAUAACCUGGCAAACAGAGUGAAAUCAUGCCUCUCUAGAGAAACCUAUCGCUCGGUCGGCUGCCUAAAAAAACCUGACAACACAUAUACAAAAACCGACGCAGAAACAUGUGAGCUACUGCUGGCGACUCACUUUCCUGGCUGUACAAUUGCCAAUGAGCAGUCAUGGCAGAAAUACGCGGAAAGAGUAACCGUCAACUCCGACUGGCAGGUAGCUGACAAAAUAGUCACAAGAGAAAAGGUAACAUGGGCGAUCAACUCAUUUCUUCCAUUCAAAGCUGCUGGCAUAGACGGGAUAUUCCCAGGCCUACUAAGAUGGGGUGGGAGCCUUAUAGUGGACUAUCUGGUGCCAUUAUUCCGAGCCUGCAUAGCUCACCGCUAUAUACCUCUGAAAUGGAGAGAAGUAAAAAUCAUCUUUAUACCUAAACCAGGAAGAGAGGACUAUACCCAAGCGAAAUCCUUCAGACCCAUCAGUCUCACAUCAUUCCUCCUCAAAACGCUGGAGAGACUGGGAGACCUGGAGAUACGCAGUCGGGUAUCAUUAGCUAAGUUCCUCCAUCCUAAUCAGCAUGCCUACAGCUCAGGCAAAUCAACAGAAUCAUCACUCCAUAACGUAGUAUCUCGCAUUGGCAACUCACUGAAAAUAAAGCAGUCAACCCUCGGCGCAUUCAUUGACAUUGAAGGUGCAUUUGACGAAACGAAUUUCACGAGCAUUACCAAUGCACUUGUCACUUGUGGAGUACCAUCGACCCUUACAGAGUGGAUCAAUAAUAUGUUGAAACAACGAGCCAUACAGUUCACCGUGAACCCCCCGAGUUUGUUUCGACAUUUCUUCUCAGGGCAGGGUUGCCCACAAGGCGGUGUCCUUUCGCCGCUCUUGUGGAAUCUAGUGGUAAAUGAGCUCAUCACAGAAUUAAAUGCUAUCAAUCUCUACACAGUAGGGUAUGCGGAUGAUAUAGCUAUCCUAGCAUCGGGGAACUUUGAAAGCACCUUAUGUGAUGAGAAAGGCUUUCAGAGUAAUUGA